AAAGUGUCUGGGCAUAUUGAUUUUUGCCAGGUAGCGUUUACGGAGAGUUAUAUCACAAAAUAAACGAAUAUUUUUUAUGAAAAAAACCGAUCUGUAUUUUGUUCCAGCAUAUGGCUGACACAAGUAAAAGAUAGUGAAUGGGAGCUUUGGACUAUAAAAUUAGUUUCUUACUAAUAAAACUUUUCCUGGUGUCAAUAUUACAUAAUAGUCACAAAACUUGACAAAACAGAUUAUCUCAAAAGCACCUCUGUAAACAGUUGCAUCAAUCAAUACCUAGCCACUAUUUCAGGUGAUUUAAAAAAAAUUGUUUCCAUAAAGAUACAUACUGAGCCUUGAAUGUACCAAAAAAAACAGAAAAUAUAAUUGUACACCAUGGGCGAGGUACCGUGCGACUGGCAGUUGGCCUGCACCGAAAUUAAACAACGAGGAGAGUAUUUGCUUCAAUCUGAACAAUGGUCAGAUUGUACCUUCCUGGUGGGAUCUGAGCCGAACCAAGUUGAGGUGCGUGGCCACAGGCUCAUCCUGGCAAUGGCUUCUCCUGUUUUCGAAGCUAUGUUCUACGGUGGAAUGGCUGAGAGAAAUGAUCCGAUCCCUAUUCUAGAUGUCCAGCCUGAAGCAUUCAAAGCGCUUUUAGAAUACAUUUACACGGAUAACAUCAACAUCAGUUCAUUCGAUAAAGCAUGUGAAUUGUGCUAUGGCGCCAAAAAGUACAUGCUUCCGCAUCUAGUCAAGGAGUGCACUAAGUAUCUGUGGUCCGAUCUGUACCCUCGCAAUGCGUGCCGAGCCUAUGAAUUCGCCCGUCUCUUCGAAGAGAGCGUGCUGAUGGACAAAUGUCUCCAGAUUAUCAGCACUAACACCAAAGAGGUGCUCCACGACUGUAGCUUUGAGGAAGUGGAGCUCAACACGCUGAUCACUGUGUUCUCCUUGGAACACUUGAACAUCGACAGUGAGCUGGAUCUGUUCGAAGCUGCUGUUAGAUAUGCCAAGGGACAGGAGAGGAGGAAGGACGACCGGAGCGCUAGCCCGCCUGCUGAUGGACCGCCAGCCGAGAAAAGGUCCAAGAGUCCUCAGCCGUGUACUUCACAGGAGAAGGUGGUAAACGUAGAGAGCAGCGCUGAGAACAGUCCUGCCGCUACAACCGAUGCUACGAAGCCAGAUGAAGAACCGGAAACAACUCCAGUUCCUGAGGAGACCAAGAAGGAAAAGAGAGUUGAGCCUAAGGACAACAAGCCCACCAUCCGCAAGGCGAUCGAGAAAAUUCGCUUCCUGACGCUGACUCCUCAGCAGUUCGCCAAGGGUCCGGCCAAGUCCUCCCUGCUCACCGAGUCUGAAGCAUUUGCAGUCCUCAUGAACAUCUUGUCCAGCAAUGCUGAUGUGCCCAUGCCCAGAGGCUUUUCUACUUGCAGAGUUCCCAGGAAGCAACUCAUCGGUGGUCCCCAGUCCUCCAAUAUCCCGACGCUGACCGUGGACACCCCGAGCCCCGUGAUGCUGGAGCAGGUGUUCGGCAACGAGUCCUCGCGCGGCCACUCGCUCAACGUGUCGCACCCGCACCACCACCACUGCGUCAUGCAGUUCCCCAGGCACCCCAGGCUCGAAGGUGUACGUAUGUCAUCAAUGAUGAACAAUCCGGUGUUGAACGGUAUCGGCGUGGAGCACAUGGAGCGCGGGGCUGAGAUCAGCAAGAUCUACUGCCAGCGCCCCAUCAUCCAGCACACCGACUGCCUCAACACCAGCGUCCUCGACUGCUCCGUCACCUUCAUGGUCGACAAGAAUAUCUGCCUCCUCGGUGUCCAGGUGCCGACGCAAGCUCCGAGCGAGGAAGGCGCUGCGAGCGCUGUGCCGGGCGUGGCGGGCUACUCGGAGCUGCUGUACGCGCACCUGCUGGACGCGGACGGAGCGCGCCUCACCUACACGCACUACACCAGCCGCGUACCCUACCGACACCUGCUCGACAUCAUGUUCAACCGACCCGUGUACAUCCAGAGGAACAAGGUGUACAAGGUGGGGAUAGUGUUCAACAAAGUGGGCUGGUACCCGAUGGGCACGUGCGCGCAGCAGGUGGCCGUCGAGACGGUCUUCUUCAACUUCGGAAUUGGGCAGAUCAAUGAUUCGGUCCGCGACGGUCUCAUCCGCUCCAUCAUCUUCACGUACUAGCGCCAGCGUCGCGGCCACCGCGUCGGCUGUCCGCGCCUGGCCCAGCCGCCUCCAGGCGCUCUCCUGACGUCUAACGCGUCUAACGGCAUGUAGAAUGUUUCACGUCGAUACGAUAUUUUGUGUGUUAACGGUUUGUGUUCAGAGUGAGGGUCCGGUAUAGGGUAAUGUGGCUAAUUCAAAAUUUUCGAGGAAUGGUAAACAUCGGAACGGUAUUUGUAUAAGGGAAAUUGUUUUUGAAUGAAAAUUACGGGAAGGCAUUUUAAUAAUUCAUUAUCGUAUUUUAUGUAGGACGUUAGAAUUACGUACUUUAUCAGUCGUACCACGAAAUAUACGAACGUACCUCUGAGCUCUGUGUCUAUCUUUGUAUUAGAGAUGGGUGAUUGUUACAGGAAUUAAUAUUAUAAUUAACCGAUCUGAGAAUAUGAAACGUUCAAUUAUGAGUAAAAAAAUAUUUUACAAAUAAAUAAUCGAUUAACCCUUUGACUGCCGUGUAAGUCACCGGUGCCCUACGCGGCGUAAGUAAUUAUUUAGAUUUCUUCUUUCGAUCUUCUUACUAGGCGCUGGAAUAUCUAGUAGACUCUGGGAGAGACGUAUCCAAACGAUACAGUAGAUUGGGGGGAAUCGGAACGCUUUCCAAUUCCAAGAUAAAUUUUCAGAGGUUUUUCUUAGGGUAAUACCAAUAAAAUUGAGAUUAAAAUGGUUCCGGAGGUAUAAAUUUUCAUAUACGAUUUAUUAUUAUAGAUAGUUCAUUGAAAAAUAUAUACAAAAACUUAAAAAAACUAGCUUAACCUGAUCCACCUUCCCUUUUGGGGUGACAAUGGACAAUAGAGUUUUUCGAUAGAGCUGGCACUGUUUAGUUGUUAGGUAGGCUACCUUUAAGUAAUUAACUUUUCAACAUCUACAAUCAGUUACAAAACUCCCAUGACUAAAUUAAACUAUACUCCCAUGACUAAAUUAAACUAUUUAAUAUUCAUAAAUACUAAAUAAAAGUCCUUUUCAAUUCAACAAAUUUAAAUCUCACAAAAGCAUUGUGACGACCCAGAUUUGUCCCUAUUCUACCCCUAGUUCCUAUUCCUCCCAAUCUACGUUACUGAGAAUUAAUUAAUCUUUAAGAGACUUAAGAGACUAAAACAUACAUUAACAAACAAAAUAAGGCAAAGUUAGGCAAUCCAGGGGCGCGUUAGCAACAGAAAUCGAAAUAAUUACUUCAGUGCGCCGCGUAGGGCACCGGUGACCUACGUGGCGGUCAACGUGUUAACAAUAAAACCUCCAUAAAUAAAACCAGUCGCAAACCAUCGAAUUUACUUUAUCGAUUAUCUGAUACAGAUGAACGUGAUUUUGUUACAAUCGCCCAUCGAUGCAAACAUACAUUUUAAAUUUUUAAUAAUAAUAAUAAUCAAAGUAGCAUUCCACUGUCCCAGUGUGUGUCUCUGAAGUUUUAGUAACCGAACUUCAUUAUUUAUCUAUAAUCCCAUAAUAUAAUCGUACUACUUCGUAUAAAAUAUAACCAUAAUAUAAUAAUCGUAACCUAUUCCUCUUAGGAUAAGCAACGUUAAAUUAAUUAAUUUAUGUUACCGUUAUGUUUCCUUGAAAUAUUUUAAUCACAUUGUACUCGUUGAGUUGUUACUGCUUUAGUUCGACAUUAAAUAAGUUGAUGAAAUUAAAUGAAGAAAAAAUGCAUUUCACUCGUGCGCGCAUGUUUUGCUCACACUUUAUCUUUCGGAUUUAUUUUGAGCCGUCAAACGCUAUCUUUUGUUGUAAUAGAUUUCUAUUUAUUCUAUUUUUAACAAUUGUGAUCUCUUUAUGUUCGUUUUGACUAAUGUAUUGUAGUUUUAAUUCAAGUUUUUACUACCAUUUAUUGUAUACCAAAUUCGUAGUUGUGACAAUAAAUGUUUUGAAAUAAA